AUGUGCAAAAUUCGCUUAGGUGCACCAACAUUUCAACUGCAACAUUUUUUGUACAUGGCAAUCACGAGAACUCCUGACCUUGAUAAGACUGAGAAUGACCAAGCGAAAUACGAUUUGAAGUACUCAACCGGAUUUAACAGGCUGAUCAAAGGCGCCGAUACAUAG